AUGGCAUCAUCGUCGAAGCCUCGACAGACUCGGCUCCGCGCCUCUUGCGAUGGUUGCUUCCACGCCAAGGUCAAAUGCUCCAAGGAGAGACCUAUGUGCACAAGAUGCAUGUCUUGCGGCAUUCACUGCGUGUAUUCACCGUCAAGCAGGGCUGGAAAGCCCAAGUCGGAUGGAUCGAAGCACCUUCAGCACAGCACGCGCGUGCCGGAUGCCAGUACCACUACAUCCAAUAUCGACGAUAAACCUCUUCUCUCUUCGGCAGGCCAGCAAGUCGUGUCGAUAGCUGGCUGGCACACGCCUCCGACCAGUAUUGACAUGGGUCGAAGUCCGUCAAUAGCGUCCGAACUUGCGUUAUUGGGAGUCGACACCAGCAUGGCUUCUCAGCAACUGGACAUAAUAGCUACUACGGGCGAGAUGUAUCCCUCGAUAUCGCCAUGGACACCACCAACGGACUUUUCCUGUGCCCCAUACGGCGAUUGCCAACCCGUCGCCAUGGCCAUGAUGCAGAGCAUCGGCCGUUCUCGGUCUCAUGACAUGGCGAUGUCAACCGCUUUGGGGUCGUGGCAGCAGGAUACAAGCACGGCGGAGGCUUUUGGGUAUGAGCAGACUCACAUGCCCACACCUGCGAGCAUGGGCUCCAACUACUUUCCGAGCCCAUCGACCACGCCGCAUUUACGGCCGGCACCACCGCGACACAAAUCAACAUCUGCUGCAUCCAUGGCCAGCACAGGCUCCUGCACAUGCUUUACUGUGUGCCUGCAGUCGCUGCAAGCGCUGCACAACGCAUCAUCGCCGGCAUCUCCCCCUCUUGACUUGGUGCUCCAGCUCAACGGGAAAGCGGUCGAAGGCUGUGCGGCCAUGCUGGCAUGCUCACGGUGCAUGAGCAGGUCCGGCACGCACACGGCAGCCAUGCUACUCGCCACGGUCAUUGGGAAGAUUACGUCAUUCUAUAAGAAUGCGUCGCAGUCGCACUUUGACAGCGGAGGCAUGAGCAGCCCCGUCUCCGGGUCAAGUCCCGGUCUCGGCGUCAGAUUAGGUGCCUACCAAGUUGAUGGGGAGCACGGCAGAGCCCUCGAGCUGCACAUCUUGGGAUGCGAGCUCCAAAAGCUCAAGGAGGUGUAUGCGAGGUUCAGCGAGGUCUGCGGUCAGCUCUCCGAGGAUGCGGAGAUGUCAAAGGCCAUGAUCGGCUAUCUGAGUCAGAACCUCGACACAAUGUUGGAAGUCGUCAGCCACAGCAAGGGAGGCGUACCCUUUGCAUGA